UAUAUAUACGAUACACAUGAUGAGGAUGCCAUUCAUCGUUUCACCUUUCCUCAUGUUCUUCAUCCUUCUACCCUUAACCUUCAGUUGGAGAACACUCUAGGAGCAUUCAUGGCCAACCAACCCAAAAAGAAGCAACCUUUUCGGUUUUGGCCAUGGAACCCAAGCACCACUCCUCGUGUAUCCGGGAAGGCCUCUUCAUCGAAACCGCCAAAAACAACAGCCCCAGCUCCAUCUAAACCGACGUCGAAAAGGCCCUCCCUACCUACAUCAACCACACCAUCACCAUCUCCUUUGUCUGUACCUUCACCUCAGGAACGACGACAACCACCCUCGACGAAGCUUUCUCCAGUCUCAAGCCCCACUCCGCGAGAUGAAGAUCCAAUGCCGGAAAUAUCUACAGUUCAAUUAUCACCAGAAGAAGAGUAUAUAGCACCUCCGCCUACACCUCUGCCUACACCUUCACCAAAAGCAUCACCUUCAAGGCAGGCAACUGACAAAGUGCCUCAACAGCCUACUCCUCCAAGUAGAUUCUCUCCGGCCUCAAGCUCAUCUCCAGGAGGAUCAAGAAGAGAAGAUCCAGCUGCAACGACCCACAUAUCACCAACUCCAUCUCAAGGUGUUCAUCAACCGCAACAACCGACAGAAACUCAGGAAGUAUCUCAAACCUCAACAACCUUGCAAACUGAAAUGCAUGAUAAGAAAACUAAAGAACCUAAGUCCCCAACUCAUCGACAACAAGUCCUUACUCAGGAAUCGCAAACUACUCAACCUCCAAAACAAGUAGAACCAGAUUCACAAUUAACACAGCCAGAAACUGUAUCUGCACCUGAGUUAGGACACACAAUAGAGACCAUGAUUCCUACGAGUAGAGCAAUUCCGGAAGGAACACCAUUAACUGAACAAGAAUCAAAGGCAGUACAAGAGAAAAGGAUAACGCAUCCAGAGUCAGUAGCAAACACAUACACUCCUCAGCUUCGGGAAAAACAAGAAAUGGAUGUUGAAAAAAAAGAAGACUCGGAGGCCUCCGUACAUACACAAGCUAAUGCUGAAACUGUAAAUGAGAAACAGCCAACACCAUAUCGACAAACACUAGAGGAAAGACCUAAACAUGUAGAUGUAGACAGCACAACAAAAGAUCUUGAAGUUACAAGAGAGAUAAGCCAUCGCAGUCAAAAAACAAAAAUAACAAAUGAAAAAAUUGAAGAGAAGCAACCUGAUAUGCAAGUAAGUAAGAAGGGUUUAGAAGAAAAGCAGAAAACAACGCUGGAUCCAGAGAUUCCACGAGCUUCUGCAACUCGUGGAGGACACGAUCUCCAAACAGAGAACAAGAUGUUGAAUAUCAAGCACUCACUACAAGGGGAUAGUGAAUGUGGAAUAAGCAUUAUUACUCUAGCUGGAGAAAAUAGUGGUGCAUCCAUGCACAUAGGACGCAGGACACUUGAUACGGCAUGUUCUAGGAGAGGGUCCAAGAUUGAAGAGCAUCCAAGUGCAGGAAGCAAGGUCAAUGACAAAGCUCUCAUGGAUGCACCUAAAAUGGCAAGUACUGAAGUCCCCUCCAUUAGCACAAGUGUGAAUAGCAAUGUUCAGAGCAUCAACAACUCAUUGAUUCAUGAGAGCUCUUGCAUCCAAGAAGAUCCAGGAGUUCACAUGAUCUUCUCUACUAAACCAGCUAAAUUUGCAAAUUCAAAUGAUGAGGUAAGACCAAUCCAGUCCCUGCAGAGUGCAUUUCAAACGAAUCCUGCUCAAUCUCUCACCAACCAGCAUAAUAUCAGAAAGGGGAAUGCCUGAGACCCUUUAGCUAGCAUAUCAGAGAAAUUUCUAUGUUGUAAUUGAUCUGGUUCUCAAUAUAGCAUUGAUGAGAAAAAAUUUUAUGGCAUUUACAUAUGUCUGUCCAUGCUUGCACUUUAAUUUGUAGAAUGGAGAGUGUAGCAAUUUGCAUACUUAAUCAUAAAGCAAUUGUUUAAAUUGAUUGUUUUAUUA